CUCAAUCAAUCACUAUUUGGAAUUCGGAUAAUAUUGUAAUAAUUCCUUCACCGCUUUGGAAUUUUGUUGUAUCUGUUCGAUUGAUACUGUAAAAUAAAACCCCACUCCAGAUUAUGCAACCUGAAAACCAAUAAAUUUCAGAACUCGCGGACGCAAAUCAAUGGAGGCUCGUUUACCCAGAAGGCUUGCUUUGAAAACCCAUCAAUCCAAUUGGAAGCAAAAGCUGCGGGAGAAUUGCUUCAGGAGGGUAAAGGAGGGACGGACCCGCUUGCUUUGGAAAAUGAGAUUACCUGUGGAAUCCUCUACGAAUCAAAAGGAAAUUGUGGAACAUGCUUUCAGAGACAUAGUUUCUGAGGAACUGAAAAAGAUAAAAGGCUCGUCUUUGGAUGGUGACAUGGAAAUCUCAACUUGUGCGGUUGAAGACAGUGAUACUCUGUGGGAAUAUGAUGGCGUGCACACGUCUUCUCAGUCAGAUGAAAGCGAAUGUGAAAAGAUAAUGUUAGAACUGCAAAAGAUAUUUUAUGAAGAUCUCAGGGAGGAAUUAACUAGUAAGGAGCUGGAAGAAUGUGAUGGAUCUUGGGAAGACAAAGAAGAUGAUUACUUAGCUCGUUUAGUUAUGGAGCAUAUGCAGCUGAGUGAUGGUCAGGUAUGCCAGGAGAUUUGGUGUCCCAUCUGUAAGCAGGGAGAGUUGCAAGAGAAUCGUCGUUUUAUUUAUUGCACUCUUUGUGAGCUACAACUCAUUAGAGGGGAUGAGGUUAAGUUGGACAUUUUUCAGGAUCGUCUAGCAGAAGCUCAUGCGGAACAUCUUGAUAGGGGAUGCAGGUUGACUCCCAAGUUCUGCAUGGAAACUAGGUUUGAAAUAACUGCAUUGUAUAUACAGUGCCAGGCAUGCAAGACAUUUGAGAUUAUAUUGUAGUUUCAUCUCCUUGCAUAUAUAUGGUCAACACAUCCAUGUAGAUUAGCGAAAGAUUUAAUUCCUGCUUUCCAAGUUUCUUCU